GAUCGGAGAGACGGCCAGUUAGCAACAGGGUCUUCAUUUUGAGGACCGAGAGCAAGACCAAAAAGAAAAAAAAAAUCAACGUAACAGCGAUGGUGGACGAAGAGGCAGGCGGCGCUGGCGGUGGCGGUGGCGCGGCGGCGGCAGAAGUGAAAGUGAUGAAGGCGGCGCCGGCGGAGGAGGACCCGGAGAUGGCGGCGUGGAAGGCGCCGGCCGCGAUGGUGCUGGUGCAGCUGUUCAACACGGGCAUGGUGCUGCUGUCCAAGGUGGCCAUCGGCGGCGGCAUGUUCGUCUUGGCGCUCCUCACGUACCGCAGCCUCUUCGGCGCCGCCAUCAUCUUCCCCAUCGCGCUCCUCCGAGAGAGGGGCAAGUGGAAAGAGAUGGACUGGCACGCCGCUGGGUGGAUCUUCCUUAAUGCGUUCAUCGGAUAUGCCAUACCAAUGAGCCUAUUCUACUACGGCCUUCAUGACACAACGGCGUCAUAUGCCACUAUAUUCCUCAACUUAGUUCCGUUGACAACCUUCAUACUCUCCUUCGUGUUCAGGAUGGAGGCAUUGCGAAUCAUGACCGUGCCAGGAUCGCUUAAGAUCGCAGGAGUUGUGGUGUCGGUCGGAGGCACGAUGAUCAUCAGUCUAUACAAGGGAAAGAUUCUGCAUCUAUGGAACCCUAUUCUUCACCAUCACAACGAAGUGCCUGUGGAUGUUGCAAAUCAUCAUCAGCUACGUGGAACAAUCUUGUUGACAGGCAGUAGCUUCACUCUUGCUUGCUGGUACCUAAUUCAGUCGAAGGUUCUGAAGGUAUACCCGUACAAAUAUUGGUCAUCCAUGACUACGUGCUUAGUUGGAGGGCUUCAAACUGCACUUGCUGGAGUUAUAUUUAGGAGGGACAACAACGCCUGGAAGAUAGGAUGGGAUAUAAACCUUCUGACCGUCAUUUACUCAGGGGCACUUGCAACGGCACUAAAAUACAGCAUGAACUCGUGGGCUGUGUCUAAGAAAGGCCCAUCAUACCCUCCAAUGUUCAGCCCAUUGUCUGUGGUAUUCGCUGUUGUGCUAGGCUCCAUCUUCAUUGGUGACGACAUCACCGUUGGAAGCCUCAUCGGGACGGUUCUGGUGAUUGUUGGGACCUACAUCUUCCUUUGGGCCAAAGCAAAUGAGCGACAUGAAAAGUGAAUAUGUCAGAGAGCAUAUGUUUAGUUCAUAGAUUCGAUAGAUGGCUCGAUCGGGAUGGAAAUAUAAACGGAGGCCAUCUUAUUAGCAAUAUAUAAACAUCAGAACAAUAUAAAUGAAAUGAACUAUACAUGAGAAUAUGUAAAAAUCAAUUUUCAUCACAAACAUUUUGUAGCUCAAAGUAAAGAAUCAUGUCAAGGUUAUCUUGUCAGCUUUUAUGUAGAACAUACAAAUGACAACAAUUUAUUUUC